AUGCCUUCGAUAUCCUCUGCCUCCCUCGCCGUCGCCAUCCUGGUGGCUGGCUACCUCAGCGCACUGUGUACGACGCCACCAAAUCCCAGUCCGGAUCAAUCAAAACGCUACAAGUCCGACCGCGCGGGAAUCAUGGCCGGCACCUUUCCAUGGGUCGUCAAACAUGUGCAAAUCGUCGUCUUCGCCUACCACGCCCUCGUAACCCUCCUCUAUCCCGCCGAAGACAACGCCCAGUUGAAAUCCAUCUGCCCGCAUAGUGAAAAUCUCCCUCCUGCCCUCUUCACCUGGAACGAACGCAUGUAUAAGGUUCUAUUCGUCAUCUUCAUCGGCGCCUUCAUCCGCCUCUCCGCAUAUGGAGGCCUCGGCCGCAACUUCACCUUUCACCUGUCAAACCCAGACCAUCUCGUCACAGAUGGCGUAUACAAAUACCUGCAACAUCCGAGCUACACCGGUGCAGCACUCGUAACCUUCGGAAUGGCCGGACUGUUGACGCGAUGGGACACUGCGGCCGGCGCGUGCUGGAUGCAGCCGUCGACGCUGGCGAUGUUGAACGGAUACGGAUGGUUGUUCACUGCUGCUUGGGGGGUUUUCUUGUUCAGUGUGUUGGGAGUUCGGGUGAGGGAUGAGGAGACAAUGUUGAAGGAGCAGUUCGGAAAGGAGUGGGAGGAGUGGCAUGCGAAGACGAAGAGGUUUAUUCCUUUUGUCGUCUAA